GUAACAUCCACCCGCAAGCAGUCACCAGACUCCCAAGCCGCAGUCAUGUUGUCAGUCCGUGUAGCCGCCGCGCUGGCCCGCGCCUUGCCUCGUCAGUCAGGCCUGGUGUCCAAGAAAGCCCUCGGUGCUGCUUUUGUUGCAACCAGAAACAUUCAUGCAUCUGGCGUGUGGCUCCAGAAGUCUGGCACUGCUGAAGUGUCGUCUAUCCUUGAAGAGCGAAUCCUUGGUGCCGACACCACUGCAGACCUAGAGGAGACUGGACGUGUUCUUUCCAUUGGUGAUGGUAUUGCCCGUGUCUAUGGGCUCAGGAAUGUCCAGGCAGAAGAGAUGGUGGAAUUUUCCUCUGGCCUGAAGGGCAUGUCCUUGAACUUGGAGCCUGACAAUGUUGGUGUUGUGGUGUUUGGUAAUGACAAGCUUAUUAAGGAAGGUGACAUUGUGAAGAGGACAGGAGCUAUUGUGGAUGUGCCAGUCGGUGAUGAGCUGCUGGGUCGGGUUGUGGAUGCUCUGGGUAACACUAUUGAUGGCAAGGGCCCUAUUGGAUCUAAAACUCGCAGGAGAGUUGGUCUGAAGGCCCCAGGCAUCAUUCCCCGUAUCUCUGUGAGGGAACCCAUGCAGACUGGUAUUAAGGCUGUUGACAGUCUGGUGCCCAUUGGCCGUGGUCAGCGUGAGCUCAUUAUCGGUGACAGACAGACUGGCAAAACCUCCAUUGCCAUCGAUACCAUUAUCAACCAGAAGAGAUUCAACGAUGGAACUGAUGAGAAGAAGAAGCUGUACUGUAUCUAUGUGGCCAUUGGGCAGAAGAGAUCCACUGUGGCUCAGCUGGUCAAGAGACUGACUGAUGCCGAUGCCAUGAAGUACACCAUUGUGGUGUCUGCUACAGCCUCUGAUGCUGCUCCCCUGCAAUAUCUUGCUCCAUACUCUGGCUGUUCCAUGGGAGAGUAUUUCAGAGACAAUGGAAAGCACGCUUUGAUCAUCUAUGAUGACUUGUCCAAGCAGGCUGUAGCCUACCGUCAGAUGUCUCUGUUGCUGCGUCGUCCUCCUGGUCGUGAGGCCUACCCUGGGGACGUCUUCUACCUUCACUCCCGUCUUCUGGAAAGAGCAGCCAAAAUGAACGAUCACUUUGGAGGCGGCUCCCUGACUGCUCUCCCUGUCAUUGAAACCCAGGCCGGUGAUGUGUCCGCUUACAUCCCAACCAAUGUCAUCUCCAUCACUGACGGACAGAUUUUCUUGGAGACAGAGUUGUUCUACAAGGGUAUCCGGCCUGCUAUCAACGUGGGUCUGUCUGUGUCCAGAGUGGGAUCAGCUGCUCAGACCAGAGCUAUGAAACAGGUGGCCGGUACAAUGAAGCUGGAGUUGGCUCAGUACCGUGAAGUUGCUGCUUUUGCCCAGUUCGGCUCAGAUUUGGAUGCUGCUACACAACAACUCCUGAACCGCGGUGUGCGUCUGACUGAGUUGCUGAAGCAAGGACAAUACGUUCCCAUGGCCAUCGAAGAACAGGUAACCGUAAUCUAUGCCGGUGUCAGGGGACAUCUUGACAAGAUGGAGCCCAGCAAAAUCACAAAGUUUGAGAGCGCUUUCCUUGCUCACGUUAAGAGCCAACACCAGGAGCUUCUUGCUACAAUCAGGGCUGAUGGAAAGAUCUCCGAACAGGCCGAUGCCAAGCUCAAAGAAAUCGUCCUAAACUUCCUGUCCACAUUCGAAGCAUAAAUUCCGGGUUCUGCCACCAGUUUGUGAUGUCACUGUUCCCAAUUGUUCCUGGUUUUCAUUCUUGCUAAACUUAUUGAAGCACUUGUGCUUUUAAUGUACAGAAAUAUCUCUAAUGGAGAGUAAACUUUCAUGAAAAUUUAAA